ACAAACAGCGCAAUCAGCAUUUACACCUUAAACGGCCACGGGAAGUUGUAAUGUUUGUAUUACUAAAUUCAUUUACCUGCCUUAUUACCGUAAGCGUUGGCAAUCGCCUUGUUCUACACAGACACACCCAGACGGCAAAGGGGGGAGGAGUUUUUAUAUUAGUAGGCACUUUUCGUUUUAGAUCAUAGGCUGAGGAAGGCAACCUGUUCUUACCUGAAUUGCAUACAACCACAUUUCCAUAGCUUAAAAAAUAUAUAUUUGCCAUCAAGAAAUGGCAACGCAGUUCAGCCAGGACGCGGUACUGGAUUUCCUUUGUAGCCGAGGAGGGAGUGUGAAAAACUCGGACCUGAUCAGCCACUUCAAAACAUUCUUAAGGGAGCACGAGAACCAGGUGCAGCACAGAGACAUGUUUAAAAGGUUUGUGAACUCGGUGGCUGUAGUGAAACGAAAAGACGGAGUUUCGAUCGUGAUCCUGAGGAACAGGUACAGGGAGCUGGUGGGAGAGGACAUCAGUUCGGCAGAGAAAGGUUCAAGUUCUGGAAGUGUGCAAGAACUACCGGUAAACUUAAAGGAAACUUCGACCAGACAGAAUGCCGACAGAGAGCAGGUAACCACGCGUUUGAAUGUGAAACAGAGUAGUAGGACAAAGUCUGGAGUUACUGACACUUAUGAAAAUGACAAUAUACAGUUUAGUUUAGCUGAAACUGCUUACAGUGAUGUCAGGACAUCUGAGCAAAACCAGAAACGUUUUGUUAACUCUCCAUCUUGUAUGGAACCUGUUGAGAGAGUUACUAAUAACCCCACCCACGUUUCUAAGUCACCCCAAAUAGCCGACUCAAAGUAUCAAGACUGCAUCAUAAAGAAGGGUGUGAAGCCUCUUCAACCAUGUGAUUACAGUGCAGGGAGUGGGGCUGUCGGUUUCAGCUCAAAGCAACAGCCCUCUGCAGAUUUCACAAAGGAGAACCCUUUUUCUGCCAAGUCUCAGCAGUUUGGAAGUGUCAACAGGGAAAGGCUCUUCUCAGAGUGGAAAGAUUUGGACUAUGGUAGGAGGCCCCUCGACCAGUCAUCAAAUCAGCAUACAAAGAACAACGGCCUAAUCAGCAAAGAAUCUUUUGAGAAUAGUGCACAGAGGUGCAUUUCUCAAAGGGAGGGCAGCAACACUACCCACUCCACGCAGCCUGUGUGUUUGCUGCCUUCUAGGUUUUCAAAUUCCAGAUUAAAUCCUAGUUCAAGAUUGUCCAGGUCAUCCCACUGCAUAGCAUCAAUGUCACCCGAGGCCAAGAAUGCAUGCCCUGAUUCCAUUGCAACCUCCAGUAGCAGUGAAAACCUGUCUAAUGAAGGAUGUCGUUUAGCAGCUUUCAAAAGUAUCAGAUGCAAGGAGAUCACAAAGGAGUCCUUUGAAAAAGCUCCCCCAGAGCCCCAGCACUCCAAUCCACUUGUGGUGGAACGAUUCAUAGCUACUGCGUCAGACGAUGAUAAGCAUGUGCAGUGCUUUUCAGUGAAACCUAAAAAACACAAAAAAGAGACAAACCAGGGUUGCUUUCAAACAAACUUUCUUUCUACCCGCCAAAACGCACCUCUCCACCAGAGCAAUGAAUGUAUAGGGAACCUCACAGCGUAUGAAAUUCCGUCCAGAGCAGAUAUGGAAGGAAGCAGCUGGCGUAAUUCAACAGGUAACAUCGAUUACUACCUGGGGGCCAGGCAAGCACAUCAUGGAAGAAAGGCUGGAGUGCUUCUACCGAUGCAUUCAGGAGAUGCUAUCGGCGGCAGCAUAUAUGAAAGCAGGAAAUACCACAGCAUGGAUGCAGAGACAUCAGUGUGUGUCCCAUUUCUUCAAGCUUCACCUCAGCAGCAUCCAAGCAAGACGCGAUUACCUUCACCAGAUAUCGACAGGCCUUUUAACCCCCCCAGCCACCCUGAGCCACCCAAGUAUGACCCAAACACCAAAAGUAAGAUUCUGAAAAGCAAUGAAGACUUGUAUUCUCACAAAAGCACGUUGGUGCCACUGGAGUCCAGGGAACAUGAUUGGCUGGUGAAAGCAGCAGCUGGUGCUUGGGAUCAGAUAUACAUCUUAUUUCGUGAGGACCACAGUCUUCUGAACAAAAAGGAUUUCAUUUCCGGGUAUACAGUGCUGCACUGGAUAGCCAAGCAUGGAGACCACCGGGUGCUCAACACCCUUUGCUAUGGGGUGAAUAAGAGGGGACUGGCACUAGAUGUGAAUGUCAAGUCCAGCUGUGGGUACACCGCUCUGCAUCUCGCAGCUAUACACGGACACAAGAGUAUUAUCAGGCUGCUGGUUCACAAGUACAAAGCUAAUGUUAACCUGAGGGACACCAGCGGAAAGAAACCCUGGCACUACCUGGACAGGAGAGAGUUCACAGGAGAUCUGGGUGUUCUGCUUGGUGCUCCUUCUAGUAAAAAUACGGCCGCUGCAGCCUAUCAAUCGGCAUCAGAGAAGCAAGACCUUUCUUUUUCCCCAUCUGUGAAGAGAAAUACUUCUUUUGCAGCUUUUCUCAGACCCCAUCAUCUUUGGAAAGGGGCCCAAUUCUGAGUAAUAUUGGAGGGACUAUUAACUGGAUUGAUUGUAAAUGUGCUUCAUACUUAAUAGAAACUGUGGCUAGUCACAUGCGCUUUUCAGUUGAUCUUUGAUGGAGGGGAGCUUGUCAUGCAUGGACAGAACAUCUACAGCUAUGCUUUCAUAGCUGUCCUUUUCCCUUUGAUCAUGCUUGCGAUCAUGAUGUACUAUACAAUAGUAUGGAACAGGCAGAGCAACCAGACUUGAAAGGUCAGUCUCACAGGACUGGAAAAGGGUCCAUUAAUACAGUGCCUGAGGAGUAUUCCUACAGAAGCAGGGCAUUUACUGAAGCGGACACACAGAUAGUUGGAGACAGUUGGAACUCGUGUCCUUUAAGAAAGAGUGCCUUUUGAAACUAAUGUUUUCACUCUAACAUUUUCUUGCUCGUUUACAGAACAAAAAUCCUGGUACAAAGUUUUGACAAAUCUGGCCUGUAUGUACUGUAUUAGGGAAGCUUAGUACAUGCAGAACAGCUACGCAGAGCUAAUCUGUUCGGUUUGUGUUGCAGUGUGUGUGUACGAUAUGUACAGAUCCACUGAUCUGAACAUCCUUAAUGCACUUUCUGUGUGAAUUUGAACAAGGAGCAUUCGAUGCCACUUCAACUGUGACCAGUUCAACCAAGAACGUCUCCAUCUGACCUCCUCUGAUUUCAACCAAACUAAUUUCAGUCACACUGUGUGUAUAUUAGGUACGUUGCUUAUAUUUAAAACUUUAUGGGCCUGAUUGUCUGCUGUGGGUAAAUUGGCCUUGUAAUGCGUUUACUUUGGAGGGGGCAAUUUGCCUGUGAUUUGCCUAUAGGGUAAGAUAUAGACCCAUUUCAACAUUUCAGCAUUUUUACCUUUGAGCAAAAGUUUAGCCACAGGGAACACAUGAAAUAAAAAAACAGACAUCAUUCAAUAAAAUAUUUAGCAUACACACCCUGUAAUUGCUCAUUAGCAUCUGCAGUACUAUCGGCUGGUUUCUUCUCUUCCUCAACGUGUAUUUACAGGUGCAGUGACAGGUUCACAGGCAUGAGGAAAUCUUUACUUUUAACUUGCGUUAAAGCUUUUGCUAAUAAGCAUUCCCAAAGAGAAAAAAACAACCUGCCAAUGAGCCUGUAAAUACAUGCCAAGAUGAAGCUUGCCAAAUAAUCUGAAUCAUAGCUGCAGUUAUGACACAAGUAAGAAUGCUAAAUAUAGAGCUUCUAAUUUAAAUCAUUCAAUGUACUGAAAACAAUGUACGUUUCAUGGCUCCAGCUUCUUUAGAACUGUAUGCUUUGCAGCCAGAGGUCAGGUGGAAACCAACUGGCAAAAUAAAUGUAAGUAAACACUAAAUAAAUAACUAGGAAUCAAUUGUUUAAGAUGUAAUACUGCUCCUGUUCGGCUGAGUAGGUGUUACUGUUUAAAGGCUGAGGUAAAAGUAUAAAAAAAAAUAGACAAAUGCCUUCACCAGCCAUUAUAACCCUAAAAAGGCAUUACCUUUUCUACUUUUUAGUUUUAAAAGUAUUUAAAGUUAUGGAAGUAUUACUGUAAGUAGCGUAUAAAAAAACAGAAAUGAACUGACACCUGUUGUAAAGGUAGUACAAGUAUAACAGCGUGCUAUGUACUGAUGAAGUAGGUAACGUGCUGUAUUGAGGAAGCUUAUUUUCAUUGGGAUAUUGCACAGCAAAACAAAAACACUUUUAGGAUAAGGCAUGGUUUGGUGUUUUUGGUGUUCAAUUUUGAAACAAUUUUGAAACAAUUCCAAUAAGUGUCACUUAAAACAGCAAAGCAGAAUGACCUUGACGUUUUUUUUAUCAACUAAACACUCCCAGAGAUGUGAAUAUGAGUAUGUGUGUACAUGAUUUAUGUCAGACUGGACUGUGGACUAGAUUCAGCAGAUUUCUCACCAGCAAAAACCCCACGGCUUUGAAUACAUAUAAAUGUAAUAUCAACAAUAUCACUUUGGUUUUCUUUGUAUUUGUGUCAAACUAACUUGAAAUGCACAAAAUAUUAAUAAAAAAUAAAAGGUGAA